CUUUUCCCUCCUCAACUCUCCCCUCUUCUCUAAUUCUUCUGCCUGAUUGUCGCUCCUUUCCUUACCCCUCAGUUCCCUUAAUCCCUGGAGAUAGACUUCGUCUUCAGUCGUGCUCGUUGUAUUGAGUCUUUUCCCGCCUUCUUCUCCUAUCUCACCGCCCAUACGUUGUAGGUCGCAGGGCGACCUCCGUUAUCUAUACCUGCCAGCUCUCAAACGCCAAGAACGCCCUUCAUGUUCUCGUCACCGUCGCUGCACACCUCGGACUGUACUUAUUCGUGCCUACGGGCUCGUCUGUUCUUCUGAACGCUCUGUCCGUAGUCGCCGGAUCAACGGUAUCACUUCGUUACACGUUAUCCGUUGGAACUAAAGUUGUCGUCACUCCGCCUCCGCUUUCGUCACUAUGUGGCUUUAUCGGGGCGUCCAGUCGGCCGUCUUCUACUACGCUACCUGCACCCCCUGUGCGAACUCAGUCGACCGUCGAAAACGCAUGAAAGAUGCUGCCCGAUCGCGCCGCGAGAACGCCAAGAUCGACGCCGUCGUGACCGACCAACCCCGGCCCUUUGCCCAGCCGACCGCAUUUAGCACUAAUCAAGGGUGGAAUGAGGAAAUCGCCCUGGGCCCCGGACCCCCGCCGCGAAGGCAUCGCAACAACCAUCGUCGGACGGAUAGUUGGAAUACCGAUGCACGAUCCCUGGAUGCUUCCGAGUUGGAGCUCGACCGGCUGCAGAAGAAGGACAAGAGCGUGCUCAAGCACCAGCUCGGCGAUCGGUGGAAUCGGAUGCGGAAUCAACGGGAGGACGAACCGCUAUGGGGUGAAGAGGUCGAGGUGAAGGGUUCGUCGGUUGGACUCUCCGGUCGGGGCAAGGCGGACGAGGACUCGAAUAGUAAAUACUACAUCGCUCGGGUGCCUCCUGUCAACGACCUGCACCCGCCGAUCGUCAGUGGGCCUAAGAGUAAGGCGGAGACGCGAUGGAUGCUGCAGCCCCCGCCGAGUGCCAAGGUUAUGGCCGGCAAGGAGCGGUUCAGCUCUUCCAGCAGCAGCCCGACUCAAGGCACCCGACGAACCGUCCCCGAAAAGAAUGCCACCGGGCCGACGUCUUCACCGCAAGAAUUAUCCCACCGUUCCUCUCGCGUCCCUGAACGGAAACCUAAGCCUUCGAUCCGCGUCACCCCCAGUGGCUAUCGCAGUCGGGAACCUGCUGGUCCCGACAGUCGUGUCCCUCAACUCCUGCCCUCGGCCUCCGUGUACGGCCGCGAUGAAUCGAAAUUCGUCAUCCCUGAGUCCCUUCAUUCCCAGUCAGAUUCCUCGUCACCCCCUUCUCCGACCGACUCCUCUCCAGGUGUCUCCUUACACUCUCCCGAUACCCCCGUUUCCCGGCCAGUCUCCAAGGCCAUGCACGAUGGCGAUAAAGUGCACCACCCCCAGAUCUCCAAAACUCUUUCCACCUUGCAGCGGGAUACCAGUAAGGUCCAGUGUGUCCAUGUGGAAAUCAACGACCCUCACGACGACGUUGCAGUAGGCCACUUGGAACAGAUCCGGCCGUGGCGUUGGAGUAUGGAUAUCUAGGGUGAUUGUCGCACUGCGCCCCCUUCCUCGCUUUUCAUCCUUUGCGUUCUGUUAUGCUGGGAGUUGGCUUUCUCGUGGCUUUUUUUUCAUUUUCCCCUUUUCUGAUUCCAAGGGCGGUACUCAAUACACCCUUUCCAUUUUCCUCGGCGUUGGCAGCAAUCAAAAAGCGGUCAUUCUUUUAUCCUUUUCUGCAUGGGAGCCAGAAACAUCAGAAAAGCAUGUUCGCCGUUCGAAUAGAUAAAGCUAUGUGCACAGAAUGGCAGGACCAGCACGAAAUCGAACGUGAGGAUGUAGCCUGCCUGGCUAUUCUCCUAAGUCUCCCAUUAUACUGCCUACCUUUCUUUCCUUCUUCCCCUCUUUCCCUCUUUCCUAUCAAUUUCCAUUCCGACCGUCCCUGCGCAGGAGUUCUAAACAUCUUUAUCUAUCUGUUUUAAACUGCCGUGCGUGGAUUACUCUCCUUAGUCAUCAGUUAUUUCUUUUUACUUCUCUGGAUGGAUAUGAUGACUCUGUGUCUGUACUUUCCAUCGUGUACACUACAAUAAUAACCUAGGUAUAUCUUUCUUUUUUUUGCCUUCCGUCUUGCGUGGGUGCAUUUGAGCGUUCGAUGUUUGUUUGGCUUUAUU